UUUCACAGUGACAGCUGCGUCUUUUGCUCAGCCACACAGAAAAGGGUGAAAUCGUGCUGCUCCGUGUCCACGAUUUUCAUCGUACAGAAAGGAUUCCGUUCGGGAUCAACUGGUCGUUUGCAACUUACUGUGUGACGACAAUCCAGAAUGCCGGCGUUGGACGACAUCAAAACUUCCUGGGCCGAUGAUGUUGAGGCCGAUCCCGCGUCGCUGCCGCCACCUUCCGAGGUGGUCGAAAACGGACAGAAGGUCGUCACGGAGUACAAGUACAACAAGGACGACAAAAAGGUAAAAGUGGUGCGCACGUACAAGAUCAGCCGGGUGAUUGUGCCGAAGAGUGUGGCCAGGAGGAAGAAUCUGAAGAAGUUUGGCGAUUCGACCACCGAUCGACCCGGGCCGAACCCGCAGACCACGAUGGUCUCGGAAGACAUCUUCAUGCAGUUCGUAACCAACAAGGAGGAAGAACAGAAGGCCGAAAGUGCGCUGGAAACAUUGAAGAACAUUGCCAAGUGUCGUAUCUGCGAGGGCGAACAUUGGUCCGUGCAGUGUCCGUACAAGGGCACACCGUACGACAAACCGGUAAAGCCGGCCGCCCCAGCACAACCGGAAGCGGCAUCAGUCGGAAACAAACCCGGCAAAUACGUGCCGCCGCACAUCAAGGAGAGCCAGGCAAAGGGCGGUCUUGGGGGGCCGAUGCGUGGCCGUGACGAUACCAGCGCCAUCCGCAUCUCGAACCUGUCGGAAGCCAUGACGGAAGCCGAUCUGGAGGAGCUGGUCAAGAAGUUUGGUCCGCACACGAAAAUGUUUUUGUCGCGCGACAAAAGCACCGGCUUGUGCAAGGGCUUUGCGUACGUUCACUUCCGUUCCCGCCGCGAUGCCGCCACCGCGAUCGAGGUGCUCAACGGCUACGGUUACGAUCAUCUUAUUCUGAGCGUGGAAUGGUCCAAGCCGCAGAACCCGCAGUAAGGCAGGCGACCGUGAUUGAUUCCUUUCGAUUCCAGCAAAAUGCGGUUCGGUGCAAAGUAUCGGAGCGAAAAUCAGGAUAAAAUAAGUUACAGUUCUGAGACAGACUGUGAAGCACUACAAUCGGUCUCGAGUUU